AUGCGUUCUCUGUGGCGUCUGGUUUCGGGUAUUUCAAUGGCUGUGACGGAGCUGGCUCAGACUGUACCAUCCCUGGGUGCCCCAACGGGUUCCAAGGCCUCCCGGGACAGCCGGUCGUCGUCGGCUGCCAAACGGCCAACUGCAACCUCGCGAUUGUCUUUUGCGGCUGAGAAGUUAACACAGCGGACCCGGCAGGCAGAUAAGAUACGAUUAGAUCGCAUCGGUGCGCAUGCGCACACCAUUCUGCGUGUCUGGGAGUGGGUCGAUAAUCACAUAUUAUUGACAUGGGAUGGGACUGCGAAGGAGAGAGGACUGGGGGGAGACGGGGCACACCCUGAGCUGGACUCCAAGCCAGAGUUCAGCCCGAGACUCCCCAGGCCCCGACUUUCAAUCACCCACCACGCAAACGCAUUCUCCGUCCAGGCUCGCCAGCCCAGCUCCGCGGACCCACCAGCCGACUUCACGGAGAUCCGCCACCGACCACGCAGCCGGGAUCACGGUUCGAAGAAGCGCGCAGUGUGCGUAACGGGGCGAAUUCCUGCCAACUGGCACCUCAAGCGGAAACGCGGGCUGCGCGGAGUGGUGACGAAGUCGGUGGAAGGACACGCGCAGGACGCCUUGUCUGCGCGAUAUGCUGCAGCCGCAUCCUCCUCCUCCUCCUCUUUACCUUCAACGUCCUCGACACAUCCACAUCCACACGCGCACACGCACACACCCUCUCCCUCCGCCGCCUCCUCCUCGACCUCGAAGACGACCUUGCGGGCCCGGGGCCGCGCAGAUGCGCAACCCGAAACGGACGAUCGUGAUGCGCGCGGUGGCGAGAUGCUGCAUGAUGCGGAUGCUGAUGCUGAUGCACCUGAUAAUCGCGAUGGCGAUGAUGCUGAUCCCCGGCCCCGCUCCAGCAGCGCACGUGGGCGCAGUGAUAGCCGGAGCCCCAUUCAGUACGCCGAUGCGCAGGCCGAGCGGGCCCCGGGCCCGGCACUGGCCGCGGUGCGGAUGGUUGGGCGCGGCGGGCGGGGAUCGCGGCCCCGGGCUUUGCCGUCCUCUCUUUCCUCCACUCCCACUUCUUCUACUGCUGCUUCUGCUUCUGCUUCUGCUUCUUCGUCUUCUGCUGCUUCUGCUUCUGCCUCGGCGUAUAUGCGCGCAGCCCAGCAACAGCUCGCUGGGACGCGCAUCGUCGGCCGCGGCGGCGUCGGGUCCAAGCCGCGCGGUCUGGCGCUCGUCCCGGCUGCGGUGCGGGUCGAGCCUAGGGCUGAUCCCCAUGUCGACGCGCGUAUCGAUGCGGAGUCGGUCCGGAUGGUGUACCGCCCGACGGGGCGCGGCGGUGCUGGCUCGCACGUCCGGGUGAAGAAGAGCAAAAAGCCCAAGACAAGGGACGAGGGGAAAGGCAAAGCGAGAGACGAGUUCCGGCUGUUGCCGUGGAUCGCGCACAGUCACAGGACGCACGCACCCGCACCCCUCCCACCUCCUCCACUGGACUCCCAGGUCCGCGCCCCGUUGUUCGUGCCUGCCGCGCGAGGGAACAAGCUCGCGCGGACGUUGGGGAUGGACAUGCCCUCGUCGUUGCCUAGUUCUCUCCGUGCGCCACCUCACGCAGACAUCGGCAGGCUCCGAAGCCGGGCGAGCCACAACACGCUCACACCCACCCGCGAGCGUCAAGGCGACGACGACGACGACGACGACGACGACAGGAGGACCAUCUCGCGAUCCGCGUCCACCGUGUCCGCACCCCACGCGUUCUCGCAGGAGGGCAUCGACGACGGGUACUACGAGGACGACGAAUACGAGGACACCACCGCCAUGGCGUACGAGGACUGGAUCAACGACCAGUCAGAGCUGUACGACCUACGCUUCGCCUCGCCCACCUCCUCUAACCGCUCCUCCGGCGUGCGCCUCGACCACCCGUCGCUUUCGUCCGGCGAGGUGCACGUGCAGCCGGACAUGGACUUGUCGGACUCGGACUUCUCGGACGCAGACGCAGACGCAGACGCGCUCGAGGCGGAUUCGGUCCUGUCGAUGGCGUCGGACCUUGGGUUCGACCUCGGCUUCGACCUCGGCUUCGAGUCGCGCUCGGCCACGCCGACGCCGGAUAUGUUCGCGUCCGCGAAGCACGCCGCGGCGGUGCCCUUUGCUCACUACGGCGGCAUCCUCGACGGCGGCGAAGAUGACGAGGACGACGAUGCGGACUCGGAGGGCGAGGUGUGGACGGGCGAGUGGAAUCGCGGGGACAUGCAGAGUGUCAUCCGUGAUUUGAGGGCGUUGAGGUUCGAUUCGCACCAUUGAUAUUGAUAUUGAUAUACACAUAUAUCCAUACAUUCCUUUGUUCCAUAGAUGUUCGCUCUUCGAUUCGCUUUUUUAUUAUUAUUAGUAUUAGUAUUGAUAUUCCAACCAUAGCAGCACGUGCUUAA